GAGCUCUGCCGGCUGUCACAGCCGGAGUCGCUCCCUGUUUACUUUCGCUUCUCCAAGUUGCCCGUGACCUCUGCUUAUCCCGGCAAGGAGAAUUGCGCUGCGGGCGCCCCGCGUGGGCCGUGUGCCGGGCACGGCACAUACCCACCCUGAAACCGAUGAAUGAUGCUCUACAGAAGCUAUCAGUCAUAUUGUCAUCGGCUGCAGCAUGACAUGUAUUUCCUUACAAGCACUAGCCGGCUGAAUGAACAAGUGGUUGAUAAAAUUGUUCUGCAGCUUAACAGAGUGUAUCCCCAAAUUCUUAACAAUGAAGAAGCAGAAAAGUUCAGGAACCCAAAGGCUUCACUCCAUACCAGACUCUCAGAUCUGUUAAAACACCUCCAAAAGAAAGGAGAAAGACACUGUCAGGAGUUUUACAGGGCUCUGCAGAUCAAUGCUGAACAGCUGUUUAAUGACCUGCCAAGCAGGAAAAUCUUGAAAAUCCCAGAUCCCACAGAGAUAGACACUGAGAAGGAGCAGUAUAUGCUAAAUGACAGGGGCCCGGUGUUUUUCCUGGCGUGUUUCAGCAUGGCUGCUGGACUGGCCCUGUUCUGGUACUGCUGUAACUCAGAAACACAGGUCAUAGGAAGAGCCAGAAGAAUCUUGGGCUUUUCUCCUAUUAUCAUAGGAAGACACGUUAGAAAUAUUUGUAUGUUAUAUUUGGAAGACAUGUCAAGAAAUUAAGGAAAAGCUGUCUCUUUGCUUGUCUGUACAGUACACUGGCCAAAGGAAGCCAAUGGUGCAUAAAAAUGUCCUGUACUCAUACCAAAGAUUUUAUUAACUAGCUUCAUCAAUAAUUGCCUUGCCUCCAGAUGUAUUCAGAAUUUCAGCUAUAAAUGUCCUUCUUUAUGGGAAUGGACCGUUUAUUUUUGUAAAUGCUUAAAGUAUUUAUCGUUUGUAUAAAGAAAUAUUUUUAUUACAAGCUUUAAAAUGAUCUCUUAAGUGAGCAUGGGUGUGAAGUCAUGUUCGUGUACAUGUUUUCUAUACUGGAAUGAAGGAUCACAAGUGUUUGAAGAAGUCUGGCCUGUCUUAUGUGAGAAUUAAUUUAGGAAAAGAACUUAAACACAUGCACUCAAAGCCUUACUAGGAAAUGGAUCUCUGUCUCAGAACUAUCUGUUUUGUCUAGAUCCUUUAUAAUCACUGCCUGAGCUCAAGUGGGCAGUGGCACCUAUGAAAAGUUUAUGGGGGCCAGUUCUCUUUUAUGUGUGCCUUGUAUUCACUGUGUCUUCUGAUUCCCUGUUGGUGCCUCAUCCCAGCCUGCCUUGUUCCCAGUCAUGCUCAGCUGCUGGUCCUGGUUUGCAUGCCCUGGAGCUGGUGCAGGCUGGUUCCCAGUCCAUGGGGUGUUCCAGGGAGUGGAAUGUCUGACCUGAAGCACUUCAGACUACCAAGAAAAUGUUCCAGAUUAAUUUAGCUUUCCCUUUCCCAUUGAAGUGAAUGGAGGCUCUGCAGUUAGACCUGGACAAAUUGGAUGGCUGGGCAAUCACCAACCCAGUGAAGUUCAACAAGGGAAAGUGCCAGAUUGUACACCUGGGAUGGGGCAGCCAUGGAUGUACGGGCAGGCUGUGGAGAGCAGCACUGUGCAAAGGGUCCUGGGAAUCAUGGUGGAUGCAGAGUUGGAUAUAGUCAGCAGUGCCCUGGCAGCCAGGGGACACAUCCCUGUCCUGAGGGGCACCAGGCCCAGCAUGGCCAGUCAAGCCAAGGAGGGAUUGUUGCACUCUGCUCUGCUCUGGGGUGGCCUCACUUUGAGUACUGAGGCCAGUUCGGGCACCACAAUAUAAGAAAGAUACUAAACUACUAGAGAGCUUCCAAAGGACACUUCCAGGGAUGGGGCAGCAACAGCUUCUCUGGGCAACCUGUGUCAGGGCUGGGGGAAGAAUUCUUUCCCAGUAUAGUACAGGAAAGUUUAUUAUGGCUAGGGCUGUAUUUCUUCCCUUUCUAAGGCUGCUUGAGAUGACGAUGUCUCUCAGGGAAAAAAAUUAUCCAGAAUGAGCUAUGCCAAGGGUUAAAGCUGGAAGGAGAAAGAAAAGGUGAGUCUUGGUUCAUCUUAGUGUCAGAGGACCUAACAGCAAAGAAUAGAAAGCAAUCUGUUCCUUCAUUAGUGCCAGUUACUAACUUGAACAGUGAACUUCUGUCUACCUAUAAAAUUAGCAUGUGCUUAGGCUGGGAGACAUUCUUUUUCUUGGAAUAUUUUUCUUUCAGGAGCUUGCUUCUCUGCAAGCACAUCUAUACAGCACUUAUGUAGAGUGAUAAUUCCAUUUUCAGCUCCUGGAGGAAGCACAUAUGCAUCUGCAUGGGAGUCAGGUCCUUCUGGGCAAACAGUGUUAGGAAUUUGGGAAUAAAUUGAGCAGGGUCUUGGAUGAAUCUGUUUAGCUGCAGAAUUCCAGUUUCCCUGGCAAGUCAAGAAUAGUUUGGCCUUCACUGCUGAAACUGUGCUGGUAUUAAUGUAUAAACGUGCUUCACUCUUUGUGCAGGGAAGUUGUCCUGGCUAGGUUGUAGGUGGUUCUAUGCUCCAGGCAGAAGUUGUACAGGAGCUAAGAAGCUACUGGCCUGAGCCAUGGAAAUGGUUAAGGCUGAGUGACAGGACCAUCUGUGUGCAGAGAGCCAGGAAGCAAAGUGAUAGAUCCUACAAAGAAUUUUACAAUUCCUUUUAAAACUAGACUGCUAUUUAAAGGACUUGGUGAUGUGCCUGAUGAGCUGGAGUGGGAAUGAAGUGAUGAUUCAUUCUGGGAUGCACUGGGCUGCUUUACAGCUGCUGGAUGAAGUUUGCAGUUAAAAGUGCCUUUGCUGAGGCAAAGUUACUCCUUUUGUUUCUUUCAUUUGUCGUUAUUUUUCUCAUACUGUAAUAAAUUGAAAACAUAUUUGGUCAAAAUGUGCCAUCAUGGAUGCUUUUCCCUGCCAUUUUGUGUGCACAGAUGCUAUCCAUGUUAUGCCAUGCCUUGGCUGUACUGCCAGAAUCAGUUUGCUGCACUUCACAGGGUCUGUGUCCUGUUGUAAUUUCUCUGAAAGUACAUCUUCUUGAACCUGUAGAAAUUAAUGUAUUUCUUUUUUUAAUGAGAUGAAGCUAGCAAUUGAAAUAAAAUCUGAGAGAAGAA